AUGACCGACGACACGCCGCCCAACCCGGCAAACGACGCGCCACACGCCAUGAUCAUCGACAACAACUCGGAGCGCGAAGGCGCGCACGAGCCCGGCAGCCCGGCGCGCAGCAGCAGGAGCGGCUGGGACGGCAAGCUGCGCGUGAACAAGGCGGCGAAGCCCACGCCCGUCAUCGUCAACCCGCACGUGCUGAGCGACCCGGAGCUGUCGGACGACGACGCCGCCGGCCCGCCGCCGGAGGAGAUCGAGGCGGACGAGGACCUGCUGGAGGACUACGAGGAGGACGUGGACCAGAUCGACCUGAUCCACUGCCGCAUCUCGUCCAUACCCGCGCUGCGGCUGGAGCGCUUCAAGCAGCUGGAGCGCCUGUCGCUGCGCCAGAACCAGAUCUCGACCAUCGAGUUCCCCGAGGAGCUGGGCGAGAAGCUGACGGAGCUGGAUCUCUACGACAACUUGAUCGCGCAUAUUAAGGGCCUCGACCAGUUUGUGGGCAUGGAGAAUUUGGAUCUGAGCUUCAACAAGAUCAAGCAUAUCAAGAGGGUGAACCAUAUGAAGAAGUUGAAGGAUCUGUACUUUGUGCAGAAUAAGAUUUCGGCUAUUGAGAAUUUGGAGGGUUUGACGGAGUUGAAGAACCUGGAGCUCGGUGCAAACAGGAUAAGGAGCAUUGAGAAUCUGGAGACGCUCACCAGUCUCGAGGAGCUGUGGCUGGGGAAGAACAAGAUCACCGAGAUUAAGGGCCUUGAUACGCUGUCGAACCUCAAGAUUCUCUCCAUCCAAUCCAACCGCCUUACUUCCAUCACCGGCCUUGAGCAGCUCACCAACCUCGAGGAGCUCCACAUCUCGCACAACGCCCUCACGUCGACGGAUGGGCUUCAGAACAACACGAACUUGCGCGUCAUCGACAUCACAGGCAACCCGAUCGAACACUUGACGAACCUGGCGUCGCUGACCAAACUUGAGGAAUUCUGGGCCAGCUACUGCCAAGUGUCGGACUUUGCAGAGGUCGAGCGCGAACUGCGCGACAAGGAGAAUCUGGAGACGGUGUACUUUGAGGGCUCACCGCUGCAGACGAGGCAGCCGGCGCUGUACAGGAACAAGGUGCGGCUUGCGUUGCCGCAGGUCAAGCAGAUCGAUGCGAGUAAGUCUUCCGCCACGACUUGGAUGAGGGAGCAGGCUGGCGUGAGGAGUCUGGCAUUCUUGUGA